AAUAAAAUGCAUGCACUGACCGGCUGGAAGUUGACAGUGUGGAGCAAGUGCCAUGCAUAUCGUUGCCGGGAAUAACAAACAUUAUCUAAAAUCAAUCUAUUAGAUUCAGAAAUUUUUUCGGUUUCGAAAUUUUGAGAAGCAGUAUUUUUGAAGGAGAAAAUAGGAGAAAUUCAUCAACUUGAUUGAAUCACUGCGAUUUUGUAGAAAUCGUGAAUCGGAAACAUCAAAACGCUAGGAAUUACACUGAUCAAUGUUAGUAAAGAGGACUCCUUGUCCUUAGUCCUUUGAAAGAGCAUGAGAAAAAUCGCGAAGGCCUCCAGUAUUGCUGACAAACUUCAUAAAGGUUUCGUACUUACGUGCAUCGGAGUAUCCAUUUGGGGGCUAUUUGUUGGGGGCGCAAGUUACUAUCACUAUUUUACUGUGACACGCCCAGCACGAGCUGCCGCUAAGCAAAAACUUCUCGAAGAAGAGGAUACACGACCAAGACAAAAGUCCCUACUUCCUCCCGUUGCUGACCCAGAAGAAUUGAAAAAUUAAAGAUGUACAGUAUAAUUAGGCAGGGGAUCUUUAAAAGCGUUAAGGUUUGUCCCACCGUUGCAACUACUAAAGGAUCUUCGUUCUCCGUUUUUACGAGGGUCAUGGCAUCUACGUCAGAGACUCAGAGUGGUGGUCAAAAUUUCUCUUCUUCUGCCACACAAGCAAAUCCAACGCUUGCUUCACUUCUGAAGCUGGGACGCCUGAAUCAUGUGGCGAUUGCAACCCCCGAUCUUAAAAAAGCUACUGCGAUGUAUAGGGACGUUCUGGGUGCCAAAGUUAGUAAAGAAGAAGAUCUUCCGGAACAUGGGGUUACAACGGUUUUCGUAGAUCUUGGAAAUACAAAGAUUGAGUUGUUACAUCCAUUCGGAGCAAAGUCUCCUAUUCAGAACUUUCUCGAUAAAAACACUUCCGGCGGAAUUCAUCAUAUUUGCAUAGAAGUGGAUGAUAUCUACCAAGCGGUUGAUAGUUUAAAGGCAUCAGGGAAAAUCCGCAUUUUAGAUCCGAAACCAAAAAUUGGGGCUCAUGGGAAACCCGUCGUAUUUCUGCAUCCCAAAGAUUGUGGUGGAGUACUGCUUGAAUUAGAGCAAGCUUAGCUGACAAACUCGUGAAACUAGGGAGAAUUUACUUACUAGAACUGUAAUAAAUUGAUUAUAAUGCUGAUUCAGAUUACUUAUAAAAUAAAUAUGAUCAUUGAAUAAACUAAAAACAUACAUUAUUUACUGUA